AAUGCAAAAUCUAGGAAGCACUAUCACCAUCUAGGUUCUCAGUCGUAUGGUCAGGCGAGAGAAUCGUGGAUGUAUGACCAUUACCCCACGAUUGCGUCGACCACGACAUCGGGCACUAGCUCUACGACGACAGUUGCACAGCGGCAACCAGAUAGAGUGCUCGAUUGGUGGUGUUCCAUGCAUGGGGUUGAUGCAAAGGGACAGAGAGUCAUACCUGAUCCCGGAACAAAACAGAUAGCUAAUGCCAUUAUUGGCUUGAAGGAAAAGGAGGCAGCUGGUGAGUUCACUCCUAGAGGACAAGUUGAUGCCUUACACGAGACUCUAGGACGGGACCAGUAUGGACGUGUGAGGGGCGUAGGAGGUGUCCGCCUCGGGGUGAGAAAGGUGUAUGGUGAUCAAUACACCUCUACGUCCAAGAUCCACUACCUCCACCUUGUCCACAUCCGGAGUUCACGGUAA